ACUAUUAAAAUGUAUAAAAAUAAGAAUUCAAAGCCAGUUGGUGUUUAUUUUCUUGUUGGACCUUAGUGAGUGCUGAUAGCUGAAGACAUCAUGGGUGUUGAUUUAGAUAAUCGUGAUCCAAAUGAACUUAAUGGCCAUAUUAAGGUUCAGUUUGAAGAUGUCCUUGGCGAGCCUGAGGGUAUACGGUCUAUGGACUGCGUUUGGAAGAACAGCUAUUCCUGUUUCGAAUGUGGCAAGAACCUUUGUUACAAGAUCUUGACCUUCCUUUGUGGAUUGUGCAUUGCUCUGGAAUGGGGUUGCUGUUUUGCCGGUAUCACAUUUCAAAACGUGUGGUGUUGUACCCCUUUCUUGAGAGCCUUCUCUAUAUGCAUGGGAUGUGCGCAGAAAUUCUUCGGAUCCUGUCUCAGUUGUUGCGUGGUACCUGUGUGUGAAUCUUGUGGAGCACUCUUCAGCAAAAUAAAGAUAACCAAGGGUUAAAUUUGGAGAGGUUGCAACAGUGGAAAACUAUUAGAAACUGUCUUUUUAAAAAUGCUAUUGGACUGGAUAAUUUUUGACUUUGACAGCAGGAGUAAUUCAAUGAAAACAACUUAUUCUUACAGCGACAAAGCACUUGAAACAGCAUUUUUAACAACUAAAAAAAAGAAAGAUUCAUCUUGGUGAAAAAUUAACUUGAUAAAAUAAGGUUGUUGUCUAAUUUUUUUUCUAACCAUGAUAGUUUGUUAAAUUCUAUCCAGACUCUGUGUUAUUUAUUUUUGUCAAGUUUUCUUGUUUUGUUCUCAAUAUUCUAGAGUUCUCCCUAUUAAGUUAAGCCUUUUAACAUACUCCGAAUGUUUUUAUAUGUUUAUGUUAUGAUAAGUCUCCACAGUGAAAUAUUAAAUUGUGAUUGAGGAUA